GAGUGUGUGAAGAAGACAGAGCUAUAGAAACAGAUCAUAAAAACAGUGAAUCAAAAGGAGAUUGAGAUAGUGGGACUCGAGGAGCAAGAGGUAUUUCGCAUUCGAGCCAAUGGUCAGAGCGACAGGGACAGCGAUGGGCCUGCUCCUGCCCCUCAUCCUGGCACUGGCCAUCGGAUCCUCGGCCGUCGCCGCCGGCAUCUCGGCCAACGAUCCCUGCUACUUCGAGGGCAAGCCGCGCAAGUGCCUGCCGAGCUUUGUAAACGCCGCCUACGGGAAUCCGGUGCAGGCGUCUAGCGUCUGUGGCGCCCAACAGCCGGAGCGGUACUGCGAGCUGCUGCGCGAUGGGAACGCCGGCGAGUGCCGGCCGUGCGAACAGCAGCGGUACGGGCCGGCGGCCCUCACCGAUCUGAAUAAUCCGAGCAAUGUGACCUGCUGGCGCUCGGGGGCGGUGAAUGUGCCCCACGAUCCGGACACCGCGCCGCCGGACAACGUCACUUUGACCCUCUCGCUGGGCAAGAAGUACGAGCUGACCUACAUAUCGCUCUCCUUCUGCCCCAAAUCGCCGCGCCCCGACUCGCUGGCCAUCUUCAAGAGCUCGGACUUCGGCCAGACCUGGCAGCCCUUCCAGUUCUACAGCUCGCAGUGCCAGAAGUUCUACGGGCGACCGGACCGGGCCAAGAUCUCCAAGUUCAACGAGCAGGAGGCACGCUGCAUCAACUCGCAGCACGACACGGGCGGAGCGGCCCAGCGGUUCGCGUUCAACACGCUGGAGGGACGGCCGUCGGCCAACGACCUUGACUCCUCGCUGGUCCUGCAGGACUGGGUGACGGCCACGGACAUCCGGGUGGUGUUCCAUCGCCUGGAACUGCCGCCGCAGCUGCUGAAGGUGAAGAAUGCGAAUGCGUUCAGUGACGAGAUGGGCGGCAGUCGGGAGGCGGACGAGGACGAUGAGGCGGAACUGGAGCUGGAUGGGGAGCAGGACGAGUAUGACUACAAUCUGCAGGACAACGACAGCGCCGAUGGCGGCUACGAUGAGUACGAGGAGCCCAAGAAGCAUCUGGAGCUGGACGACGAUCAUCUGCACCUGGACUACGCCAGUGAUGGGGAGUCCGUUGUGAAGCGGCAGGGCAAGCACAAGGGCAGUGUCUACGAGAAGCACUACCAGGGCAAGUUGGCGGCCACCACGCCACCGCCGAAGGUCAUGCCCCCGGGCAAGACCACGCCCCCCACCACAGUGGCCCCCGCCGCCCCCGCCACCCUGCCCGUUUCCCAGCACUAUGCCGUCUCGGACUUUGCCGUCGGCGGGCGUUGCAAGUGCAACGGCCAUGCCUCCGAGUGUGUGGCCACCAUUAGCUCGGGAUCGGGAUCGGGAUCCGCAUCGGGACUCUCUGAGCCGGAUCAGGAUGGCCAAGACGAGGACACGCCCGCCGCCCCCUCGCUGGCGGCCCACUUCGGACGCAGCUCCUCGCAGAUGAGCGCCAAACUGACCAUGACCUGCGCCUGCAAGCACAAUACCGCCGGACCCGAGUGCGAACGCUGCAAGCCCUUCUACUUCGACCGCCCGUGGGGCAGGGCCACCGACAACGAUGCCAACGAGUGCAAGAUGUGCCAGUGCAAUGGACACGCCCGCCGCUGCCGCUUCAACCUGGAGUUGUAUAAGCUAUCCGGCCGUGUUUCGGGGGGCGUGUGCUACAACUGCCAACACGACACGACCGGGCGGUACUGCCACUACUGCCGCGAGGGAUACUACCGGGAUGCCACCAAGCCGCCAAAUCAUCGCAAAGUCUGCAAGCGUUGCGACUGCCACCCGGUGGGUUCGACGGGCAAGACGUGCAACCACCUGAGUGGCCAGUGUCCUUGCAAGGAGGGCGUCACCGGACUGACCUGCAACCGAUGUGCCAGGGGCUACCAGCAGACCCGCUCCCACGUGGCACCCUGCAUCAAAGUGCCCACCAACGCGAACAUGAUCCAGGCCGAGAGUGCCGGGGGCGGCGGGGGAGGCGCCACCGGCGAUUACAAGGAGGGCGGUGGCUCGCAGGUCGAGGAGAUGAAGAAGUACUGCGGCAAGUGCAAGGCGAGUCCCAAGAAGCUCAACCUCAACAAGUUCUGCAUGGAAGACUAUGCCAUUUUGGCCAAGGUAAUUGGCCACGAUCGCGCCUCCCAGGACAUCAGCACGGAGAAGUUCUCGAUAGAGCGGCAGAAUGAGAUCUACAAGUACGAGAUCAACAUCCAGACCAUCUUCAAGCGGAAUCCCAUGUCGGGCACGACCAGCUCCUUGUUGGGCAGAGGCAAUAUGAUGCUGCUGGUGCCGCGCAAGAGCAUCGAGUGCCAGUGUCCCAAGAUAAAGCUAAACAAAUCGUAUCUCAUCCUUGGACGUGACUCGGAGGCGGCGCCCGGCUACUUGGCCAUAGGACCCAGCUCGGUGGUCCUGGAGUGGAAGGACGAGUGGUCGUUGCGCAUGAAGCGCUUCCAGCGGCGCGCUCGCAAAUGCAGUUGAAUCGAGCCGGAAACGGAAUAUGUCAGAGCGGAUUUCAAUUUCACACACUUGGCUAGGUAUCGGUUUUUGUAUAAAUUGUACAGUUUACUCAAGUUUCUGACCUUCUUCGGCAUCAUGCUAUAAAUUAAUCGAAUCGGAGCAACCAACCCCCCAUCCACCCCAUCCACCCCCUCCCCUACAUUCUAUCCAUCAUCAGCAGUCCCCAGGAACUUAAUUCCCAACCGGAAGUAACCCCAAGUAGCGGCGUCCCGUCUAUAUAAUCUCAAUUCCUCAAUAAAUUACCUUCUUCCGGGGCGGUCUCUAGUCUAUAAAGCGCUUUACACAAACAUCGGCAAACAAACAGACAAACAAUCGGAAAACAAGAAAACACUGUGUAUUUUUCCCUUUUAUGAAACACCAAAUGCUAAUUACAGUUACGUGCCAGUGGGUGGGCGUGGCCCCUGUCCAUAACGACUAUUCACUCUGGCCAUAAAAAACAUUGAUAUAUUGAAAAUAAGUGCGAAAAAGUGCCGAAACAUCGGGUGAAACGCGUCGCGUGUCGCAAUUCUAGACAAGCAAACAAAUGGAAAUUUGGGCAGUGAGGCAGUGAUGUACAAACAGAACAUAAGUGCAGUCAUAAACCAACAACACGAACCUUGACCAUUUGUCCAUCAUCCAGGGGUACUCAAUAGUAGCCACUACCACAUACCUUUUUUAUUCAUAAUAUUUCGAUCCUUUAAAGUGACUGUUUUGGUAGAUAUGCACUUAGUUUCCAGAUUAACCAACCAACCAUCACACCAUAAAUAUAUUUAAUUUGUACUGAAUAAAACAAAGGCCGUGAAAAAACCGGAAAUUUUAAAACGAAUGGGUUUAUUUUCAUGCUAAUCGACGAAAACCAUAUCAAUUUUUUUUAAAGGAAAACUUAAUGCGAACAUUAGUGAUCAUUGUCUAUCUGUUCCAAUGACAUUAUUUAAUUGUAUCGAAAAUUAGUCAUCAUUGUGUAUAAAUGUCAAUGUCAUUGUUUAUUUAUAUAUUAUUUUUUAUUGUUAGUAAGUUUCAUAUAGCCUCUACCCCUGAUAAUGCUUAAAGAGCUAACUUUUUUAGCUCCGGUUUCUCGAUUUUUACUAUCUGUCCCGUGACCAAAAAUUGAUUCAAUUUCAAAUAUUUGCCAAAUUGCCGUUUAAAUACCAUUUUUUGCUUGUCCCACACCAGUUCAUUUUUUUUCUAAAAGUUUUUUUCAGGUGUGAGGGACUUUAAUGCCAUGUUGAAAUAUUCAAAAGUGUCUAGAAUUUUUCUAAUUUAAUAGUUUUAGUUUUUAAAAAAUUGGAGAUUUUACACAAUUAUCCAAGUUGCAAGAGUAACUAAAAUCUAGCUUGCGAAGUUACUUAUUUUCUCUUCCUUUGUUUUAAUUUUGAACUUCUGGUUUUCGUGUAUUUUUGUGCAGCAGCAAAACGUUUCUCAAGAAUUUAUGCAAACAGUUUUUAACGAUAAUUAUGCACAUGUUUAUUGACAAUAUGCUAGUUGAUUUUUCACGCGCUUUUGCAUACCAAUUUGUUUGAUGAAUGCAUCAAUAAAAAACCAAGGCAGCGUCGACGGCAAAACAGGCAUUUAAAAUGCAUUUAUUUGAAUUUAAUUUUCAAUUUGAAUUAUGCAUGCAAAUUGGAAGCGCAUCGAUUCCCACUCACCAUCUCGCUUGCUCGCAUUCAAUCAGUUUCUGUUUCAGUUUCAGUUUCUGUUUCUGUCUGAAAUCGAAUCGAAGGCGUUAAGAGUGAGAUGGAGGUGUUAAGGGAUCGCGGGGGGGACCGGUUGUAACUUGUUUUUGGAGCAUGUGUAGGCCACGCAACACUUGAAACUCAUCCCGGGUAGCCUCUUAGUACAGUGAAACCCACCCAAAAAGAAUGGUUCCUAUUGAGAGUGUGCGAAAAAUAAAUUAUAUAUCUUCACAUCACAAAUAUCACAUUUUUCAUAGCGAAAUUGACUUUCAAACCAUGUUGUUUUGAUAAAUACUUAAAGUCCUUUUUACAAAAUAGAUAAACUUUCUUUGUAAAUGAUGCCCAAAUUUAAUUUUUUCACUCGAAGUAUAUCCUAAUUUUUAGAUUAUUUGGAUAAAAAAUAAUCCUUAAGCUGUUUAUUUUUUGUUUUUAUUAUAAGUCAGUUUAAAAUAUGAUCAAAAAAGAAGUAUAACAAAAUAAUUUAGAGUGAUCACAGCUUCUGCUUUAGUGAGUGCUGCCUGUACCGCUCGAUAAGCAUCACAAGCGAAAACCAACAAAGCACCAGACAACUUGAAACACGUAAUACAAAUUAAACAGCAGAAACAAACAGAAAAAUUAGCUUUGAAAAGUGGUUUUACAAAAUCAAAACUUGAAAGACUUUUCAAAAUUAAUUAGCAUAUAUAUUUUAAAGCAAAAAAUUUCAAGUUUAAAUGCAAAAAAAAAAUGUUUUGUUUUCACAAUUAAUAGCACAUGCAAAUUGAACCAUUUUUUUUGUCCGUGUACAGUACAAAUGAACUUCGUGGGCUGAGCCACUGAUAUGCAUGCCCCCCCAAAAACCGGCGAACCACCGACGAUUGCAGUUACAUUUUUUCGAUGUUGCUGCGGAUUAAACAUGUUUCGGGCUCAAAAUGUAACAUGAUAUAUGACAGCCAAGUGUCGAACUUGAUAAAUGUUUUAAUGAAUUUAUUUUCGUGUUUAUGUGCUGCCUGCCAUCCGCCGGCGCAGAGUGACUGAAUCGAGAUCUUUGGCUGACUUUGUAUUCGACGGCUGCUGGCACGACACCUACUCUCUGGGCCUUUUGUGGCCGUCCGAUUCUGACGACUGAGUGCCCCAUUCCCCAUGCCCCCAUGCCCCUUGCCACCUCUCCACUCACAAGUUAUUCAGGUCCGACCGUGACCAUGAUGUAUGAUAAAUCAAAAUGGGGGCAACAUAUGCAGGGACAGUCCACAGUCGUUGGACAGUUAACAUGCUGCGGCAUUUAAGCCGAGAUUUGUGUUCGCAUUCACUCUCCGCCCAGGGACGCAUAAUUAGCUCUGGAUCUGAAUCUGUAUCUGUAUCUGUUUCUGUGUCUGUUUCCCGCUGGCCAACGUGGCGUAUGAGUCAUGAACACACGUGUGCCCACCGACAAACACACAAGGACACUCAUUUGGAAAUAUGUCCUGCAGCAAGAUAAAUGCAAAAUUGUCAACUUUUAACUGUAUACAUUUAUACACAUUUUUAUGCACAAUGAUGCACUGCAAAGGCGUAUACUUACUAUUGCAAUGGGUUGGCAGCAAAAGUCAUCAAAUUUUAUGGGUUUUACCAGCACCAAAGCAGUUUUCAGUUAUCAAGAUAACAAAUAAUGAUCCGUUGAAUCUAAACAAAAUUUAUACAAAUUAACCAAAAAUUAAAACCUAAUAUGUUUUAUCAAAAUAUGGCAAAUUCUUAUCUUAGCUGCCAAUUAAUUAGCGCAUUUUUAUAUCACAAUGACAUGCUUUCCAAUCGAACUCAUUUAUUCCACCCAAAUAUGGAUUUAUUAUUUUUGGCAUGUACUCUUAUGAAUAUUUUGUUGCGCACAAUGCCAUUGUUUCCACUUUACGAUCUUAUUAGGGCUGAUUCCAUCCCUCGUCAUUGGGAUCAACCCUUUUUUUUACCUGAAACUUCCAAAAUAAACGUUAAAUAAAUUCUGAAAUACUUUUUUCUUUUCAACAACAGAAAAAAAGGGAAAUGAAAUGAGAAAUUCAAUUGUGGCCUCGGUCUGGUCUCGUCGACUGUGGCCGGCUUCAUGCCUUCAUGCAUAUUUAAAUGAGAUUUUGCGUUAACUGAAUUUUUUCGGCGGCAUUCUCCAGCGGGGGCGGGAGCGGCCACAGGGGGCGUGGCCAGUCGGAUAUGUGGGCGAGCGAGCGGCCCUGAAAAAAAAAACAUAUUAAUUUAUAUAAUGUACGUGUACGCACAGAGAUAUAAAACAUUUAUAUAGAUUUAAAUAAAUUGGGUUCUUCUCAUUCUUUUUUCGUGUUUUUUUUUCGCAAUUUUUGUCGUUCAUUUAACGCAGAAUGGGGAGGGGGCGUGGCCACAGGCGUGUUGUCGCAUAUGUAUUUUAAAUAGGAUGCAGGCCCCAUUAGCAUAUAAAUUGACGCAGCGACAGUCGAGUGGAUAAAAAAUCUCUUAACCGCUCCGAGAGUAUUUACAAAUGGAAAGGGUGGCCCGUAACUGUUAACUAGCAUUUGGUAAAAAAAAAAAUAAAAUAAAAAUAAAAAAAUAUUAAUUGAAAUGCCCACCAAACAUCACAGAAAAAAAACCCUUAUUCGUACCACAAACACAGCCCCAAGCUGACAAAUUGACUUCCGUUUCCGCUAAUUCAAAAACAAAAUGAAACUUCUUCGAAGGAAUGAACAAGUACUUAAAGAGAGAUGCAAACAUAACCAAAUUAGUCAUUAGUUGAUAUGUCAAGCCGUUUAUUUAUUUACACCUUUUUUUCCUAAUCUUAAUUAUAAAUUAAUACACUUAAACUGAGUAUAUUUAUAACGAACACGAGGAGGGGAAGCCAGAGAGCUAAAAUGUAUUUAUAUGUUAUGGGAACCGGAAUGCAAAGUUUUGGCGAUCCAAAAUUCUUUCUUUCCUGUAGAUCACUUCCCUUUUGGUUUGCAUAUGCAUUAAGCAUGGCCUACUAAUCACAUAUCCUUCGACCACACACAAACAAACACGAUUAAUUAUUAAAUAAUGUUUUUUUUUUUGUCAGACUAAUAUGAAUAUCAUGCGUGUGUGUCCAAAACGAAUUAUUCAUAUGGUAAGCUAAAAUAAAACAAAAGAAUACAUAAAACGCAUACAUACGUAUAAAACAUAAAUAUAAUCAAAAACAAAGCAAACACAAAAAGAAAGCAAUUUUUUUUAUCUUAGAUUUUUUGUAAAUACUCAAAAAACGUAAACGAGUGAAGAAGAAACGGUAAAGCAGAUAAAACCUAUACAUAUAGAUAUAUAUAUUGAUAAAUUGAUUACAAUUUCGAUUAUUGCUAAUUAUUAUGUUGAACCAUAAAUUGCACACACACACAGAAAAUAGCAGCAGAAGAAAGCAAAAGGAAUUCACAUUGUCUGAUAUUAAAGUAUUGUAGUUGGUACUUAUAUAAUAUAUAUAUAUAUAUAUAUAUAUAAAUAAAUAUUAAAAUAUGAUUAAUCAUAAUACAUAAAGUAUGCAAUUUUUGUGGCAAAAGAAAAAAUAUAUCAAAGACAAGCAGAUGGAAGGGAAUCCAAGUUAUAUAUGUAUAUCAUUUAUGUGUACUUGAAAAAGUAAAAAACCGAAAACAAAGCAAAAAGAGCAUGAAAGUUUAAUCGAAUUAAGUGGACAAAUUGCUAAUAAUAAUAAUAAAACUAAUAACGAAAUCAAA